GAGCAUGUUGCUUGCGAUCGCGCACUGAUCCGCCGUGCUGGUGCCGUGUUUUGGCUGUUAGGAUCAAAGCAAGCCGUUCCUUAGUCUGAUCGUGGAUUUCGUCGUCGAUGGUUACCGGAUGAUGCUCGCGCGGUGUUGAGAGCGUGGAUCGUGGAAAGGUGGAAAGGAAUGUGCACGUGGGUUCUUUGACAACGAAGACGAAGAAAGUGAAGAUAGUGCGUGUUUGAGAGCGUACACUGUGGAAAGUGAGCCUUUGGCUGUCCGACCAUGACCAAGUUCAACAAGAAUCUCUGCAGAAAGACCACAUCAACGACGAGCGUGGUGGCGGCGACGAAUCAAGCGAUGAUGAAGCAGGGUUACGAAAUGGAGCAUAAGAGUGAUACGGCAAACAUGGGGAUGGGACGUGGUGGAUUUAUGGGUGGUGUCGGGUUUGUUGGGGCUAUGCAUCGGGGAGCAAGUGAUAGUGAGUUCUUGUGUGGGUUCAACGGGAGCGGGUUGACGGCUGAGCAGAAGUUGAAGUUGAACAUACAACACUUGCAGAUCAGGCAGAAGCAGUUGCAGUUGAACGAUUACGACGAUAAUAGUGGCAGUUCGGAGGAAACGCACGUGCUGGCACCGGCCUCGGGAUGCAUGGCUAGCCCGAAUAGGCCGUGUCUGGCGUGGGCUUGCAAGGCAUGUAAGAAGAAGGGCGUUACGGUUGAUAGGCGGAAAGCGGCCACGAUGCGCGAGAGGCGGCGGUUGAGGAAGGUGAACGAGGCGUUCGAAGUACUGAAGCGCCGGACCAGCACGAAUCCGAACCAGCGGUUACCGAAGGUGGAAAUCCUGCGCAAUGCCAUCGAGUACAUCGACAGUCUGCAAGCACUGCUAGAGGAAACACCACCGAUCCGACAGAUUCCCGACAUUCUCACCGACAGCAGCUCGGCAUCCAGUUUCUCGUCACCUCAGGACUACAUGAACUGCUGCUCCAACAGUUACCUGCGCGAUCGGUUGCACCAGCUCAGCAAGGACAGCGAUCGCUACUCUCCAAUCACCGGCCACACACCAUCGAGCGCGGCCAAUGGGUCGAGCUUGGAUUGUCUGAACCUGAUCGUGCAAAGUAUUACCAACGUGACAACGGCGGCCGUGGCGGCGGCGUCUACGGUAAACGGAGUACCUUCUUCUAUUGGCCACCACCAUAGCGCUCCGCUAAACCAAAUCUCGUUCGUGUCUCCGUCGUCGUCGUCGUCGUCAUCAUCCUCAUCCUCCUCGUCGUCAUCGGCGGCUUCAGUGUCCCCGUUGCCCCCACCGCCUCCCUUGGCUACUGCGGUUCCACCAUCAACAACAACAGCAAUCCGGACGACGACAUCGUUACCUUAGAAACCGACCGCAGUCUUCUGUGCGUCAAACACAUGCGUGCAUGUAGAUAAAUGCCAUAGUUCAAAUAAGUGCAAUAAUAUUAAAUCUCUCGUUUGCUAUCCUGCCUCGCGCCCUUACUGCUCUUAGGAUGGGGACCGGAUCCUCACUAAUUAAUUGUAAAUAUUCGCUACGUUGAGAAUAAACAAUGCUUUUCUUGUGUUUUUGGCGACCGCGCAUAAGUCAUUUGCGAGUUGGCAGUAGCUAGCAGAAAAAGGGCGCAGACACAUUUUAGAAAUUCAAAAGUGAAAGGUAAAACGAAAAAUUACGCGUGUAGUUUAGUUUUCUUCGGUAGGAGCUCUAGGUUAGGUUUUAUUAGUGCUCGGUUUAGUAACUGCAGCAAACAUCAGUAUAGCUUUUUCGAGUCAUUAGGAUGCCAAAGACUACUUGGUAGGAAUUCGGACUAUUUGCAGAAUGAUUUCACCAGAAGAA